AACACGACAUUUUGUAUUCUUUAUUCCAUUGUUGCUUGCUUCUAGAAAUGACAGAUCAUAAUCCUGGAAAAUGACUUUUGCCUCGUCUUCCAAAAUCCUGGAAAAUGACUUUUGCCUCGUUAUCCACAAUCGUGCAAGGCUCGAUAACAACGCCUGGUGGAGCAUUCACACCAUACCCGUCAGCUUGGCUCAGUUUGCUGCUGACCUGGCAAAUGCUCAGGCUCUACAAGGCUAUCAACAGGUGAUGGCCAUGAUGCAACAGGCAGGGGGCUUCAUGCCAUUUGCCUAUCCCGGCAUGACGCCACCAAUCAUGCCACCUCCGGUGUCGACCCCGUCGACAUUUGUCCCUAGGAUGGUCCCUAUACAUCCGGUGAAUUUGACGGGGACUAUGAAUGAAGCAGCGCCCUCAAAUGUCCAUGAAAUCGAUGAGGCGGAGCAGGAGGCGGCCCGCAGGAGGAAGGGUAAGGCUAUAGCCAAACCCAGCAAGACUCGAGAUUCGGCGUUCAAACGCCUAGGGGACAAGGAGGAUGGACCCCGCAAGUCUGCCAAGCUACGUCUUGGUCCUGAGAUGGGCCGGACUAGCGCAAUGGAAAGACUUGGCGGGAGUCGUCACGCCCAAUCUCGUCAUUCUAGGGAAUCUGAGACGAUUCACCAAGACGAGGAGGAAGUAGAAAGCCAGCCGAGGGCAUCGGCAUAUACCAGGCUCUCAUACGAUGAGGAUGACCUGGACAAGAUAGGGAGCGUAGCAAGGAAACUACGUGCCCUGGAGGAAAAGGUGGAAGAGAAGGCGGGAGCGAAAAAGCACACCUUGGCUAAAUCUCCCUUUUCGGCCAGGGUACAUGCGCAGAGGUUGAGGCGGAAGAUUAAGCUGGACGUGGAGAAAUUCACAGGAAAGGAGGAUCCAAACGUCCACCUUGACACCUUCCACAAUGCAGCACAGAUGGCCGGGUGCACUGAUGCUGAGGAAUGCCUACUCUUCUUCUCAUCCUUGAGAGGGAGGCUAGUGGAAUGGUUUAACGGCCUUCCCCAUGGCAGGAUUGGGUCCUUUGAGAAACUUGCCGAAGUUUUCCGCAAAAAGUACCAGGACAAUUGCAUCAAGAGGAAGAAGUUCACCUACCUUAACACGGUAGGGCAGAAGGAGAAGGAGUCCUUGACUCAAUUCUUGACCCGUUGGAGGGAUGAGGUCGACAAGGUAGAAGAGAUGGACAACAAGACGGCCAUGUCUUUGCUGAUGAAUGCCUUCCGGUCGGGUGACCUCUACACCGAAUUCUGUAGGAGGCCACCCUCCUCUUACCAAGAAGCCUACAAUACGGCAUGGGAGUAUGCCGACGCGGAGGUCUUGAAUAAGAGCAAGCGGGAAUUAGAGGAAGGAUAUACGAAGGUGAAAUUCGACAAGCCGAAGAAGGACGACCAGAUGGGAGGGUCCAAACUAAAGGCUACGUAUGACGGGUCUGUCCAUCAAAUAAGGGAUGAUAAGAAGGGAGAACAACCCAAGAGGCCUUGGACGGAGAAGUGGUGUACCUACCACCAAUCUGACUCUCACAAUACGGUGGAUUGCCGAAAUGUCAAGGUUGUGCUCAAGGAGAUGGCCUUGAAAGGAGAGCUUGGGGAAGGUUACGCGACGGGGAAUAAGAAGGACCCGAAAGCAAACACCUGGACCCGUCAUCAGGGAAAAUACCAGGGGAAGCACGCAAGGAGGGAACCUAUCACUUUCACUGAUAGGGAUCUUCCCAGGACGGGGGGAGAUCAUAAUGGCCCUCUGGUCAUUACAAUGGAUAUCAAUGGAGCUGAUGUGGCCAGGGUCCUGGUUGACACAGGAAGCAGUGUCAAUGUUUUAUACUUGGAUGCUUUCAAGAAAUUGAAGUUGGACAGGUCCAUGCUGAGGCCAUUGCAAACCCCAUUGUCAGGCUUCACUGGAGCCAGCAUAGAAGCAGAAGGUCAAAUCACCUUACCAGUUACCAUGGGGUCGGGUAACAGGACAGUGACCAAACAAAUGAGAUUUGUUGUGGUCGAGAUCAAGUGUGUACAUAAUGCUAUUCUUGGUAGACCUGGAAUCAACCAAGUCAGGGCCAUCAUUUCUAUGGCACAUUUAUGCAUGAAGUUUUACACUCCCAAUGGAAUCGGGGUGGAAAGGGGUGAUCAAAAGAACGCCCGGUCCUGCUACCUGGAAGCAGUCAAGAAGAUGACCCGCCAGUUCGAACAAAUUGAACUGGUCUCCCAGCAGGUAGACAAGGGUGAGGAGAAGGCUAGGAUCGAGCCAGAUGCAAACACGGAAGAGAUCCAGAUUGAUGCCUCCAAUCCUGAAAGGAAGGUCAAAAUUGGGGCUGAUCUUCAGGAAGAGCAAAUUGUCCAGGUGUUGACCAGGUAUAAAUCAUUAUUUGCCUGGAGUGUUGUUGAUAUGCCCGGGAUUGACCGGUCAGUCAUUUGCCAUCGUCUCUCUGUUCUUGAGGGGUCUAGGCCUGUAAGACAGAAGAAGAGAUUCUUGGCAAGUGAUAGGAGGGACUUUGUGAAGAAAGAGGUCAAGGACCUACUUGAGAUGGAGCCAGAUGAUAUUUGGAUGGAUGACUUGGUCAAGUAUUACAUGACCGGGCAAUUCCCUGAAAAUGAGGACAGGGUGAGAAAAGUAAAGUUGAGGGCUCCAAGAUUCCAAAUGCUCGAGGGAAGGCUAUACAAAAGAGCAUUCGGUGGUCCAUUGCUAAGGUGCUUGACCAGGGCAGAGGCGGAAAGAGUGAUCACCGAAGUUCAUGAGGGUGUCUGCGCCGCCCACCAAAUGUCCAGGACGCUCGCGCAAAGGAUCAUUUUGCUAGGUUAUUUCUGGCCUACAAUGAACCAAGAUUGCGAGAGAUAUGUCCAGAGAUGCAAGAUUUGCCAGGUAUUCUACAAGUUUCCGGGAAGGCCUGCAACAUACUACCACCCAGUUUCCAAUGUUAUUCCAUUCGCAAGGUUUGGGAUGGACAUCAUUGGGGCCUUCCCUNGAGGGUGUCUGCGCCGCCCACCAAAUGUCCAGGACGCUCGCGCAAAGGAUCAUUUUGCUAGGUUAUUUCUGGCCUACAAUGAACCAAGAUUGCGAGAGAUAUGUCCAGAGAUGCAAGAUUUGCCAGAGGAGUUGCCACAUAUCAUCUGGGCUUACCGGGUCACUUCAAGAAGGGCCACAGGGGAGACACCCUUCGUCCUUACAUACGGGUGUGAGGCCAGACUACCCAUCGAAGCUAAAAUAAUGACCUUUCGGGAGAAGGUCUAUGAAGAGAAAGGGAAUGAGGAAAACCAUUUGGCAGAGCUAAACUUGCUGGAAGAAAGGCGGAUGGCCGCUGAGGCUAAAAUGACGGAAUACCAGCAAGCAGCCAAGGCCUACCAUGAUAACAAGGUAGGGCCUCGUUAUUUCCAAGUGGGCGAUGAGGUCCUGAGACGAAGGGAGGCUAGCAAACCCGGAGACGGGGGAAAACUUGCAAAGAAAUGGGAAGGCCCAUAUAGGGUCACAUCAAUAUUACGCCCUGGGACAUACAAGUUAGAAACAAUGGAAGGUCGAGAGUUGGAAAGGUGCUGGAAUUCCCACCACCUUAGAAAAUUCUACCGAUAGGCCAAAUUGGCAGGGCAUAUAUUUGUAAUACCCCUUUGAUGAUAAAUAAGAGGUUUCUUCGAUACUUAUGUUGCUGGGUCAGUAAUACUAAAGUAAUGUCUUGGUGUAAGAGGAAAGGUCAAAAAAAAGAGAUAAACCCUU